CACGACGUCAUUCCGGUUGUCUUGACGCUCGGAGGACCUCCAGACAGCGAUGGAUGCUGAUGGUGACACCGGGAGCUAAUCUGUAAUUUUCCUCAGGGGCCAAACACGCUGUUCAGAGAAACGUGUGAGGAUGUGGGGACAGUUCGUGUGGUCCAACAAACACUCUGCAGUCCGUACCGAGUCUGUCCUGUCAGGCGGGUGUGUCAGACCUGGUUUCUACAGGUUUGGGGUUUGUUGCCAAAAUAAACACACGCGUCUACUCACAAUUUGGAGGCGCCGCUAGCAGCAGGAAGGAGCUCAGACCCCUGCUGCCAGCUGACGGAGCCGCUUUUUCGCCAUGGCCUCCGCGCGUUUCCCCGGGAAGACUGUGGACGUGUCCGCCGCCAACUGGACAGCUCCAGCGCUGAGCAGGCCGCUGUGCGUCAACGGGACGCCGUGGAUCCUGUACCUGCUGGAGGAGUGUGUGGAUAAUGUGUGGGAGUACUGCAGCGUGGUGAUAGGACUCAUAUCCAUGUUCUGCUUCCUGCUCUCCACUUUACCGCAGGUCAUUGAAGCUUAUCGGAACGGUAAAGUGGAGGAGGCCAUGUCUUUUGGCUUUCUUUUCUUCCUCUUCAGCGGAGAUCUGACCAGCUUUGCAGGCUGCUACCUCACCAGCCAGCUGCCCAUUCAGAUAGUUACCGUGGUGUUCUACAUCUUCACAGACCUGAUCCUGAUCUCCCAGUUUCUCUACUAUAAAAUCAAGAACAGCUCCAGCAGAAAAAGCCCUGUGUUGAAGUGGCUGUGCUUCAUGUGGUGUGGUGCUGCUACGUUAGUUCUCCUGGCUUUACCCAAACUCAUCAUAGACAAUAGUUCAACUUUAGACACCCAGAGUCCAACUACCUCGAAAUCAGUGGAAAUCACUGGCUAUAUAUGUGGAUACCUGGCAUCUGUCUUCUACCUCUGCUCACGUUUCCCCCAGCUUUAUAAAAAUUUCCAGCGACAGUCUACAGAGGGCACCUCGUACCUAUUGUUUGCCCUGGCCAUGAUGGGCAAUGGAACAUAUGGGUUGAGUGUUAUCGUGAUCCUGCCUGCACUGAAGGGCUCCAAACGGAACUUUAUCAUCAAACAUCUGGCCUGGCUCAUUGGCAGCCUGGGAGUCCUCAUACUGGACUUCUUCGUGACUGCCCAGUUUGUCAUAUACAGGAAGAACUGCUCUCCUAAAACCAGCACACUGCUCAGCGUCCCAGAGGUGGAACCUCUCCUGUGUGAGGACGAGGAGCUGUCAGUAUUAUAGGUCACAGCGUGAACACCAACAUGGGCCACUAGAUCGAAAAUGGACCAGUCAGUCGACAGGUCGUUUUGAAUGAUUCUGUUGUGUUGUCAGUGAUCAUUAGUUUACUCAGAACUAUUCCAGAGAACAGAAGCGUAAAAUGUGGUAAAAGGAAGGAAGGAAAGGCUAAAGAAAAGGUCUGGUAAAUACAUUUUUGUUAAAAAAUUAAUGUUGUGAAUUUGGGGUUUUUGCCUUUCCUUGGUAGUCUUUUGGAGCAUCUGUGCACUUGAAAGGUCUGCAAAGUGAAAAGUCCACGCCAAAGGAAGUUACUCUCCCACAGAAAACACUGCUCCUGCGCUGCCUGAAAUGCCUGGUUGGAGUAGAGCCUUUACUUCCCUGACUUAUGUAACAAGAGUCAUAUGAAUAUAUAUUUUUAUGUAUUUAUUAUAAAAUGUAUACACUCCAGUUAGUCAGCAGACAUACAGUUGCUACUACUGUAGCAGCGUUAUUUUAGAUCACACUCCUCUGCUUGGCAUGACCCGCCCUACUCUGCCUCUGAUUGGUUACAUCCUGCUCCUUAAGUAAGGCCUAUGUACAACUCUCACCAAAGAUUGAACUAAGGCGAGAUGUCCCACUCUGAAACAGCGUACAAGACACAGUUUGAAAAGGGAUACUGCAGAAAUGCACCAUAUGAGAAAAAAUAACGAGUUUUUAUUAAAUUAAAGUGUGUAAAUUUAUUCUAGUUGGACCCCCAAAUGAACCUGAAAAAUGGAAUAAUGUGGCCUCUUUAAGAGUAAGCAUAGGACCACUUUAGAAAGAUUUCAGGCCAUUUUUUGUCUAGGAUGUGAGUUAGCAUCACUGCAAUCUUUUUCUGAUUAUGAGUGCUGUCAUUUUUGAUAACUUCUUCAUCUUGGCCUACUUUAUUUUAUUUUGGGUGGAAUAAUUAUUUUUAUUUGCCACGGGGAACCAAACAGCCCAGAGGGGGAGGUUCAAUCCCAGAUGUCUUUUCACAAAUGCAGGCGUUAUGGAAGAAUGAAGUGCCUGUUAUAUUUACACACUUUUGACAAGGUAAUACUGUUGUAGAGGAUUGCAGUAAUAAACUAGGACGCAUGGUAUGGGGAGAGUUUGGUAUUUGAGUGCCAUGAAAUGGAGUGUGAGCACAGUAAUAGAGGAACCAACAUGAAUAUGUGAAUUUGGCAAACAGGAAAUUGUCCAACAUUAGAAUGCAAGACUUGUUAGUUAGUUAGUAUUACAUUAGAAGACAGGAUGUGCACGUCUAAGUUCUUCUUUGAGAACUGAUGUUGCAUUUCUCCAUUUUCUUGGUCCAAGCCCUCUUCUCUCCUGGAGAAAGAAGUUGUCUGUGCCUUCUUAGACUAAAAGAUAAAUGCACUGUAUAUCCGUUUUAGAACAAAAAUAUUUUUUUUUUUGUAGAAAAUGCCUUGGAACCAGUUAUCUUCAUUUACCCUCACUGUUUUAAGUAUUAUGAGUAGCAUUAAUAGUAACGGUGUCCUCUUUUGUGACAUCUCCAUGACAUUUUGAGACAUUCACUAGAGAAAACAGGAGGGAGUGAUCAUUAUUUUUUAGAUGUAUCUGAAGGUAGGAAUAUUAAUGUGAUUUUAUUGUAGACUUGAUAAAGUGAUGAGAUUCGGAAUUAGUUUGCACAUUUAAGAUGUUUUGUGUUUUCUGUCAUCGGGUUAAAAACACAGAGGAUGCUCUUGUCAGGUCAAAUUUAUUAAAAUACGUUAAUAGCUUCAAUAUGUUUAUUCACAGAGUAACAAAACAAAUAGAUGAUGACCUUCUUGAUGAGCCAAAUGAGCACUUCAGGUUCAUUUAUAUGAUUAGCAAAGCUAACUGCACAUCAGUGUUGUGCCAAAUGUUGUUGCACAGUAUGCAUGUCAUGCUCACUGUUUAACCUGGUCAUAACGAAAGUAUUUCACUUGCAGAGAGCUGCACAUUUCUCUACCUCAGUAUCAUGUGGUUGUGAACUAUUUCUCUUUGUGUGAAAAUAGACGUUAUGUUGUAGCACCUAGUUCAGAAACACAUGCAAGUAAAUGUUGGUCAAUAUCAGAAUUACAAAGUAGAUCAUGAGUGGUUCCUUUUUCUAUUCUCAGCCUCUCAGAUGAUGCAAUAAUGUGGAAAUAUAUAAAUAAAGGAUGAUUUGUUCUGACUUUAGUGACUGAAAAGGAAAUUUGUUUGCAAAUAUAUGCAAUAAGAGUAAAUAAUUUUCACUAAUAAAUUAUUUUUGUAUUGCACGAGUCAUACGUUGAUCCUUUUUCUCUUUUUAAUGAGUCUUUUUCAAUAUAGCCCCAAAAAGUACUUGUAUAUAUUGCUACAGUAUAUUGUUGAACAUGUUGUAUUUAUAUUACUGUAGUUUUACUUAAAUGAUAACGCCAUUGCUAUUUAUUUGUAUUUUUUUUUAACAAAAUGUUAAUUUUUUUUUAGUAUUUAACCUUCCAUGGCCAGUUAUACUGUACUUCUAAGCUCUGUGCCAGGCUCUGUUGACUGAUGAUGUCUUCUGAUAUUACAUGUAUGGAAAACCACUAUAUGUAUGAUAAUAACCAUGUGUACAAAACUUGAAUAAACUGCAAUGUAUGGUAUAUCCUCAGCA